AUGUCCGCCGCCAAGAUGUCCGCCGACGCCCUGCUGCAAAUGGCCAAGACGCGCCGCACCAUCUACGCGCUCAACAAGACGCUCCCCGUGCCCGCCGCGCGCAUCCAGGAGCUCGUGCACCAGACGACGCUGCACACGCCCUCGUCCUUCAACUCGCAGUCGAGCCGCGUCGUCGUCCUGCUGGGCGCCGAGCACGACAAGCUGUGGGACAUGGCCGCCGAGGCCCUGCGCGCCGUCGUCCCCGACGACCGCUGGCCCGCCACGGCCGACCGCAUCGCCGGCUUCAAGGCCGCCGCCGGCUCCGCCCUCUUCUUCACCGACGACGACGCCGUCAAGGAGAUGCAGGCCAAGUUCCCCACCUACGCCGACCGCUUCGGGCCCUGGGCCGACCAGAGCAACGGCAUGCAGCAGUGGCUCCUCUGGACCGCGCUCGAGCUUGAGGGCCUCGGCGCCAAUCUCCAGCACUACAGCCCCCUCAUCGACCAAAAGGUCGCCGCGACCUGGAAGCUGCCCGUCUCGUGGAAGCUCAAUGCCCAGCUCGUCUUUGGCGGCAAGGCGGGCGAGGCGGGCGAGAAGCAGUUCAAGCCCCUGGACGAGCGCGUCAAGUUCUUCGGCAAGGCUUGA